AUGUCGUCGUCGGUAGAAGAAUUAACUCAGCUGUUUUCGCAAGUUGGGUUUGAAGACAAUAAGGUUAAAGAGAUUGUCAAGAAUAAAAAGGUUUCAGAUUCACUAUACAAAUUGAUUAAAGAGACACCUUCAGGUUACCAAUGGAAUAAAUCUACUAGAGCACUGGUACAUAACCUAGCUUCUUUUAUCAAAGGUGCGGAUCUUCCUAAUUCUGAAUUGGUUGUUAACGGUAUCAUUAACGGUGACUUGAAGACAUCCCUACAAGUCAAUGCCGCCUUCAAAUAUGUAAAGGCAAACGGCGAUGCAUCUACCAAGGAGGGUAUGAACGAAAACUCUGGAGUGGGUAUUGAAAUAACUGAGGAUCAGGUUAGGAAUUAUGUCAUGCAAUAUAUUCAAGAAAACAAGGAAAAAAUAUUGAAAGAACGUUAUAAGUUAGUGCCAGGAAUAUUUGCAGAUGUUAAGAACUUAAAGGAACUUAAAUGGGCGGAUCCACGUAGUUUUAAGCCAAUUAUUGACCAAGAAAUUUUAAAGCUCUUGGGUCCAAAGGAUGAAAGAGACUUGCUCAAAAAGAAAACCAAGAACAAUGAAAAAAAGAAGACAUCUUCUACAAAGAAAAGUUCUAAUGAUGCUACGUCAUCUGAUCCAAAGAGGACCAUGUUUAAUGAAGGUUUUCUAGGUGAUUUGCAUAAAGUUGGUGAAAAUCCACAAGCCUUCCCAGAGUUGAUGAAAAAACACCUUGAGGUCACGGGUGGUAAAGUUCGUACAAGGUUCCCUCCAGAACCAAACGGUUAUUUGCAUAUCGGCCAUUCUAAAGCUAUCAUGGUUAAUUUCGGAUAUGCCAAAUAUCACAAUGGUACUUGUUACUUGAGAUUUGACGAUACUAACCCCGAAAAGGAAGCCCCUGAAUAUUUUGAAUCCAUCAAAAGAAUGGUCUCUUGGUUAGGUUUCAUGCCUUGGAAAAUAACUUAUUCAAGUGAUUAUUUUGACGAGCUGUACGGACUUGCUGAAGUUUUGAUUAAAAAUGGCAAAGGUUACGUCUGCCAUUGCACCGCCGAAGAAAUUAAAAGAGGCCGUGGUAUUAAGGAGGAUGGCACCCCAGGGGGACAGAGAUUUGCUUGUAAGCACCGUGAUCAAUCAAUUGAACUAAACUUGCAGGAGUUUAGAGAUAUGAGAGAUGGUAAAUACAAACCCGGUGAAGCUAUCUUAAGAAUGAAACAAGAUUUAAGCUCACCAAGUCCACAAAUGUGGGAUUUAAUUGCUUAUAGGGUCUUGAAUGCUCCACAUCCAAGAACGGGUACUAAGUGGAAGAUUUACCCAACUUAUGAUUUCACCCAUUGUUUGGUUGAUUCCAUGGAAAAUAUUACGCACUCUUUAUGUACCACUGAAUUUUAUUUAUCUAGAGAAAGUUACGAAUGGUUAUGUGAUCAAGUUCAUGUGUUCAGACCUGCUCAAAGAGAAUACGGUCGUUUGAACAUUACUGGUACAGUUUUGUCCAAGAGAAAGAUUGCUCAACUAGUGGAUGAAAAAUUCGUUAGAGGGUGGGAUGAUCCAAGAUUAUUUACUCUUGAAGCCAUACGCAGACGUGGUGUCCCACCCGGUGCCAUCUUAUCUUUUAUCAACACCUUAGGUGUUACAACAAGUACUACAAACAUUCAGGUUGUUAGAUUCGAAAGCGCCGUCAGAAAGUAUUUAGAAGAUACUACACCAAGAUUAAUGUUUGUGUUGGAUCCUGUUGAAGUUAUUGUGGAUAACUUAUCUGACGAUUACGAAGAACUAGCAACCAUUCCUUUCAGACCUGGUACACCAGAAUUCGGAGAAAGAACUGUGCCAUUUACGAACAGAUUUUAUAUCGAAAGGUCUGAUUUUUCAGAAAAUGUUGACGAUAAGGAAUUUUUCAGAUUAACUCCAAAUCAACCAGUUGGGUUAAUCAAAGUCUCACACACGGUUUCUUUCAAAAGCUUGGAAAAAGAUGAAGCUGGUAGAAUUGUAAAAAUUCAUGUUAACUAUGAUAGCAAGGUUGAAGAAGGUUCGAAGGUAAAGAAACCAAAAACUUAUAUUCAAUGGGUUCCAGUUUCUUCUAAAUAUGACUCGCCAUUAAGAGUCACAGAAACCAGAGUUUACAAUCAAUUGUUUAAAUCUGAAAAUCCAUCUUCACAUCCUGAAGGCUUCUUGCAGGAUAUUAACCCAGAAAGUGAAGUCAUUUAUAAAAAAUCUGUCAUGGAACACAAUUUCGGUCACGUUGUUAGAAAUAGUCCAUGGGUCGUUGAUUCUGUCAAAAAUUCGGAAUUUUAUGUUGGAGAAGAUAAGGAAUCCAAAGAAGUUUGUAGAUUCCAAGCUAUGAGAGUAGGUUAUUUCACUCUGGAUAAAGAGAGUACGACUGAUAAGGUUAUAUUGAAUAGAAUAGUUAGCUUAAAGGACGCUACUUCCAAAUAG